AUGAAUGAACGAGAAAACUUGGGUGCAGCGGAGAAAGGGAAAGCUAGGGGUUUUAGUAUCAAUAUUAUCCCAAUUUCGUUCAUAUCACAGCACUGUCUCUGGGUUCUAAAAAGAAAAGCUCUCAAUAUCUUAUUUUUCUCUGCCACAGAGAGAGAGAGAGAGAGAGAGAGAGAGAGAGAGAGAGAGAGAGAGAGAGAGAGAGAGAGAGAGAGAGCUAAAGGGGUUUCGAGUGAAGAUGAAGGAGGGAAAGCAAUAGAGACGUCACAGCCGACGGUGGCUCCUCCGGCGAAGCACAGCCGACAGCUAGGAGCUCAGCUGUCGGGAAGCAUGAGUUUCAGCAGACAAAUGUCGAAUGAAGACGAGGAGAUGUCGAGGACGGCUUUGUCUGCUAUCAGGGCGAAAGAAGAGGAGAUCGAGAAGAAUAAGAUGGAGAUUAGGGAAAGGGUUCAAGCUCAGCUUGGUCGUGUCGAAGAGGAGACUAAGCGCCUCGCUUUGAUCCGUGAGGAACUUGAAGGUUUAGCUGAACCCAUGAGGAAAGAAGUUGCUUUGGCCAGGAAGAAGAUUGAUUCUGUCAACAAAGAGUUAAAGCCUUUGGGUCAUACUGUUCAGAAAAGGUAUGGCCAUUGCACAUAACCAAAUCCAUUAUAUGUCUGGUUGAGGAUCAUUAUUAAGAUGCUAAUCUGGUGUGUAGGAACGAGAGUACAAAGAAGCUCUUGAAGCAUUCAACGAAAAGAACAGGGAGAAGGUGCAGCUAAUCACCAAGCUUACGGAGACUCGAGAAUAAUAAAUAAGAUUCAGUGAGAAAGGUGAAUCAGGCCAACAUGCAUGACGGCACAUCCAGAAAGUAAUUUACCUUCUUGAUACCAGCAAUCACAUGCAGCGGAACAAAACCAUGAUCAUCCAUGUGCCCACGAAGUUUUACGUUUAGAGGAAGAUCUUGGACUUGGUAAAAGACUGGACCAGGUGAGAGAGGGCUGAUGAAAGGCAUACGGGGAUAAUAUGGAGAUGCCAAUUCUGAAAUGAAAGACGCAUUAGAAAAAAAAAAAGAGUUCCAAAACGUGAUCUUUCAAUGUAUCUCACUAGGAGGAAAGGGCACAUGCCCGCCAAAAGGCUGAAUAGGCUGAGCUGCCAUAAACUGAGGAGGAAUUGACUGCAUAGUUGGAGGUUGAUGUCUCACAAAUGCUGGGGCGCCUCUUUGUGAAUGUGCAUUUCCAUCUCUCCCACUAAAGCUUCUGCAAAAAUUCCAGUUUUGAUUCCCUUGCUCCUGGCUGCGCCUGCCACCAUGACUUUGGUGGUGGUGGUGGUGGUGGUUACCAUUUUGGUUCCUGUGCGAGUGCCGUGGUGAAAAGUUGUCACUACAACCACCAUGGGUUUGUGAUGCAGAGCCAUUCCUCUGGUUUUGGCCUCUAGGAGAAGGGUUGUGCGAAGGUGUUUCGACAAGUGGACCUUGAGAAACAGUACCAUUAGCAGCGGAUCCAGAAGAGCUAUAGUAAUUUUUAAAAAAAUUUAUAAAAUAAAAAAAAUUUAAUAUAAAAUAAUUUUACUGUUGACUUACUAUUCUAAUAUUUCAAUUUGAAUAUUCUCUUUGUUUUAUAAUAUAAUGGUUUAAAAGUAUUUUUUGUUACACUAUAUAAAUUGUUUUUAUAUUUCAA